UUGCGACUCCAAAUUAACCACACGCAUUUGCAGCCGCGUCUGCCUUGGUUUGAUUGCCAUUGUUGUGGAGGAGAGAGGAAGCGUCGUGUCUCAAGAUGUUGCUCAAGCUCGCGCUCGCCGUCGUCCCGCUGGCAGUCGUCGCCGGCGUGCUGAUGUACGUCGCCGGCGUCCCGUGGGCCAUCUCCAUCGUCGUUCUGGUUGUCGUCGUCCUUGUUGUGCACUGGUCGCGCCGUCGCCGGUCUGGCGCCAGGCAGGCGGGGGAAGGAGUGGUUCAGGGUGAUCAAGAACCGGUGGUGGCGCCGCCGAGCAGCACCGUCGUUGUUGUGGUGGCGCCGCCGCCGCCGCCGGCGCAGCGUUCGCUCCCACGUGAGCCGGCGGCGGUGCAGCCCUCUGCGCCACCGAUCGCCGACGAUGUGGCGCUCUUGGCGGCGUACUCGUACGAGAAGAAGAAGACGAAGAGGAGAGGGAGCAGCGGCGGCGGCGGCGGCGACGACGACGGGGUAGUCGACGGCGAGGAGUGCUCGGUGUGCCUGGGCGAGAUGAGGCAAGGGGAGGCGGCGAAGCGGCUGCCAGUGUGCCUGCACGUGUUCCACGAUGAGUGCAUCGACAUGUGGCUCGGCUCGCACGCCACGUGCCCGAUAUGCCGCUCUCCGGUGGACGCCGGCGCCGGCGCCGGCAACGCCGCCCCCACCGUGGAGGUGCGCGUGCAAGUGCAGUCUUGUUGAUCAUGCGUGUGUUUGUAGUUUUUGUUUUGUGUUUUGAUCUGUUUGAUGUUACUACUUUCAUCUGCAUAAUAUCUACCUGAGAUGGAUCCAUUUGUUGA